CAGGCAUUUAUGAAAAAGAAAAAAAAUAAAUAAAAAAAGAAGAGAGAGAAAGUGUGAAGAGAGAGAGAGACUUUUGGGUUGCUGGUGGUGUGAUUUCCAGCAAUGGAUUGUCAUGCUAUUUGCAUUACUACUUUUCUUCCCUCAUCAUUAUUAUUAUUUUUAUUAUUAUUAUUAUUAUUGCUGCUACCUCUUUCUCUCCCUAACUACCUUUUCUUCUUCUUCUUCUUCUUCCCCUCCGAACUCCAUUUUCACCCAGUUCCCAAAUUUCCCUUUCCUAAUAAAUUACUUCACUCCGGUGCUUCUAAGUUUGACUUUCCAUUGGCCAAAUUGUGAUGAUGAUGGCGUUAUAUACUGAUUGAAUGAAUUAAUGAAUGGAUGUGAUUGGCUAGCAGAUUUUUUAUUAGUAAGUCGAGACGGAGCAUUGAAUGUUAGGGAAUAAUAUGUAGACCGACUUAUGAGUGAAGUGCAGCAGCAUUAAGUUCGUGUUGUGCAUGGGAAGCGUGUUCCACCUCCUUGACAUUAACGAGGAAAUCAUGGCCAGGAAAUCUGUUACACACAAGAGACAUGACGGCGGCCUGGAGGCUCCUCGAAAUAGCUUGGAACUAUCAAUGGAGACAUCAUACGGCUUAUACUCCGCGAGGGAUAAUAUACUGUAUGCUCCUCACAUGUCAAAGGAGUCAUCUGGUAAGGACUACUAUUCGACCGACGCUCCUAUAAAGAAGUUAAUCAGUGAAGAGAUCUCCAAACGACCAAGUAGCAGACAAAGCUCACCAAGUGUAAUUGCUCGUCUUAUGGGAGUCGAUAUGUUACCUUUCGAUUCAAAACCAGCGCCACCUCAACCGGUUGAUAAUAAUAUAAAGAAAGAACAUCGAACGGGGAAGUUGACGAUGGAUAAGAAGGAAGUAUCGAAAACGGGUUCAGUUGAUGAUGUCAUCUCCUCCCUUGGUCGGCAUUAUGAAGACAUAUAUCCCGACCAAUUAGACAUUCAUAUGAAGCUGGACAAACCGAAACCUAGAGAACAUCCUCAAGAGCAGGAACUGCAGAAGUUCAAGAAGGAGUUUGAAGCAUGGCAAGCAGCACGGUUCAACCAAUGCUCAAAUGUCGUGAAAUUUAGCAAUGCUCCGGCACAAAUAAUUGCCCAAGAGGACCUCAACAGAGAAAAGAUGCACCUCUAUUUCAACUCCAAGAAAACCGCAAACAGUGACAGGCUGAAUAAACCUAACGAUCCAGCAAAACUAGUUGUUGACCCACUCUCGAAAAAGAAAAACUUGUCUCACUCGAAUAGAAUUUCAAGAACAGAUUCUACGCACAAGAAACCUAGUAACGACAUUGUUUCUUCUCCGACAAAGAUUGUGAUUUUAAGGCCUGGGCCCGAUAGGAUGGAUAUUAACGAGGAUAUGUGGAGCAGUACUCCCAGCACUUCAGAAGGGAGAGCUACUAGUAUAGAAGAUUUUCUCCAAGAGGUUAAGGAAAGGCUGAAAUCUGAGCUGCAAGGUAAUUCUUCUACAACCAUAAGAGGAGGAGGUAUCGAGACACCUUAUCGGGAAAAACCGAGAAAAAUUGCUCAGUCUAUAGCGCAGCAAGUGAGAGACAGUGUCACAACAGAACUUGGUAUGAAUUUAGUUCGCUCCGAGUCUACAAGAUCCUACAGAAGUGAAACUCAGUUCAAUGGAACAACAGGCUCGUCUCCCGAGUUCAUUAACAGAGAUACAAGGAGAUUCUUGACAGAGAGAUUGAGGAAUGUUAUGACAGUAGAAACCCAUCAAGAAUUUCCAACGCUUGUCCGUAACAGUUCACGAUUUUCCGUGUCGGAUUACGGACAAUCGAGAGAUAAAAUGAGCUACCAUGAGAGUUUGACAAAUGACUUAGAAAAGCAAAGCAGGUCUUUCAGAGGGGAGACUGAUUUAUCUCCUAUGAACCUUGUUCGAUCUUUGUCUGCUCCAGUAUCUGGAACUUCUUUUGGAAAGCUUCUCUUGGAGGAUCGGAAUAUACUAACUGGGGCCCACAUCAGGAGGAAGCAUGAGGUAGUUGAGAAAGCACCGCCGAAUAUUAACAUUAAAAAACAGAAAAAGGAGAAAUUCAAUAUAAGGGAGAAGGUUUCGAGUUUUAGAUACAGCUUGACACUGAGAGGGAGGCUAUUCCAAAGGAGAGUUAAGUCGGUUUCGGGAUCCGAUCAAAAUAGAAACAGCCUUGUGAAUGAUAUCAGAAGUGGGCCCACGGUCAUGAUGAGUUUUUUUGAAACAAAUGAGAAUUCAACGGAAGUGCCGCCAAGCCCUGCAUCUGUGUGCAGCAGUGUUCAUGAAGAAUUCUGGAGGACUUCUGAUUAUUUAAGCCCCAUUUCAUCGGCAGGUGGACAUCAACUGGAUGAUAGUGACAUGUCGCAUGUUUUCAGAGAAAUUAAUUCUAAUUUGAAUGAGCUGCGCAGGAAAUUAAAUCAAUUUGAAGGAGCUGCCGUAGAGGAACCUACAAAAGAUCAGCAGCCGAGUGAAGUUGAACUAGACAUAGAAGAUGAAGCUGAAGCCUACAUUCAGGAUUUGCUCGUGGCUGCUGGUUUUUACGACGGCUCUUUCAGUCGAUCUCUAUCUAAGUGGGACCCACUUGGCAAGCCUAUUAGCGCUCAGGUCUUCGAAGAAGUUGAAGAGACUCAUAAACAAACCACCAAGGACGACGAAAUGUGCAGAAAAGACGAGGGAGAACAAGUAAGUCACAAGAUAGUGGUUGAUUUAUUAAACGAACUACUUCCAGCUAUACUUAGAGAACCAACGAACAUGUCGACGUAUAUGGAAAAGGCUGCUAUUAAUGGCGGUAACGUGUUUAAGCCUCCUUACGGAAGGAAGUUACUCUCACGUGUAUGGAGUGCCGUUGGAGUGUACGUACACCCUCCACAAGAUAGGUCUUAUUAUUCUCUCGAUAGUAUGUUGGCUCGAAAUUUGAAGUCCGACCAAUGGUUAGGCUCGUUGGACGAUGAUGUCACUGCUCUGUGUAGAGAUAUCGAAUGCCUCAUCAUUGGAGAUAUGAUUGAUGAAAUGAUCAAGGAUAUUGAUAAAUAAAGUUUAUUGACAAAGGAUUAAGGUAACGAAUUGAGGAUUUGUGUGUAAUUAGUAUGGCAGAGAUUUACUUACGCAUGUUUUGUGUGUUUAAACUAAGGUUGUCUGUAUAGAAUGUUGAUAGGAAGAUUAUUUAUAGUGAAUGCUUUUGCUCCGUUGUAGUUGUUUAUUAUUAGGUACAUUGUCGUUCGUUGUUUCGUUUUGUGUAAGGGGAGGAUUUUCUGUCUUUGUUUGGGUGUAUUUGUUGUCGAAUGAAAUGGAAUUUCGUACAACAAAGUUAACGGUGAAGAAUUCGAUUUCGUCAGAGUUUUGGU